AUGUUGGCGAUGACUACUGCUGCAAAAACAACAACGCCAGGAAUGUCGUUGACUGCUGCACAGAAAUCCAGACUAUCCAAUGCACUUGCCAAUAAUAGUAAUACUACUGCUAAUAAUAAUAACAAUAAUAAUAGUAGGUUAAAGGAUAAUAACAGAUUCAAUUCAGAUCCGUACAAAUCUUCACUUGCUUCUUCAAGUGGUAGAGAUUCUCUGAUGCAGUAUUAUAAUAAUCUUUCAUCUUAUAAAUCCUCACAACAAGCAGCAUCCAGUAGUAAUGAUAUCACCUGGGAUCCAUUAACUCCGUUAGCGUUUCCAGCAAGACAACAACCACAGUUAAUGCUACGACGUGUUGUUCAAGUCGGUGAUGAAAUGCAUUGGCGUAAAGUUGCUUUCGGUGAUAAUGAGGAUGGUCAAAGUUUACGUGAAUUGGCUAAAUCAUUCAAUGAGAAGUAUACUGGAAGUAAAUUAUUAUCUUCAAAAAAAUCAUCAACAUCAGUAGCAGCAGCAGCAGCAGCCGGAGGAGGAGCGUCUCGUAGUGGGUGUAAGGAUAUGCCUGUUCACUCUAAAAUCACUGCUUCAUCAUCAGCAUCUUCCUCCUCCUCCGUCGCGGUAUCUCAUGAAUCAAUAACACCAAAACAACGACGACGAUCAUCACUACCACCACCAGCAACAACACCAACACGAACAGUUAAUAAAACGAAGAUAAAAACAGAACCCAUCGAUAAUUGA